AUGGCCGACGAGCACGAGGCAGUGCCAAGCCAGCACUACUCCGACAAGCAUAAGAUCCCUUCUAUCGCACAAUGGAAGGAGAAGAAGGCGCGAGAUGAGGAGCAGUCCCGCCAGGAAUUAGCUCAGGCUGAUGCUGACCGGGCGCAAGAGGCACAAGAGCGAGCACCCGAGCGAGCUGACGAGAUCAAGAAGUCGGGCGGUGGUGCAGAGGAGAAGAAGAAAAUGAUGGAGCAGAUGCAGCCCAAACACGAUAAACCCACCGACAGAGUCUCGAAGCAAGGCGAACGAACUGUCCAUGAUCCCGUCACAGGCGUCGAUGUCAUCGUCAAAGAUGCAGAGUUUGAGGACUACAAAAAGGCAGCAGGAGGCAAGGCGAUGGACGCGGACGCUUUGGACCCCAAGAAGACCCAAGUCGCUGGCAUAUCCACACUCAAGCCGCCUACGAAGGAGGAGCAAGAGGGCCAAGCAAAGACAAAGACGGCGGGCGGCACCUCGCACCCUCGUCACGUCAAUCCUGCUCCCGCUUCACCUGGAAACAUUCUGCUGCACGAGUUCCCGCCGCCUAUCGAGGCAAAGACGACCGCGCCCAUCGUCGCCUCGCUGAACCAGCUCUCAAUGGGCUUGGCGGGCGCUAUGGCUGUCAUCUGGUUCUUCACUGCCUUUGGUCACGGCUAUACUCGCUUCAUGUUCAGAACCUCUCUCAUCGUUGGUGUCGCCCUCGCCGGCGUUUCUGCUCUUGGGGUCGCUUCUCGAAAAAUCGAGAAAGAGCUCGAGCGAGUCAGGAUGGAUCUUCAUCGCCAACGAGGCGAGAACUUCUCCCCUCCCACGCCAGAGAGCGUGGAAUGGCUUAACGGCUUCAUCAAGGUCUUCUGGGGCAUGAUCAAUCCGUCAAUGUUUGCUGGUCAAGUCGACAUGGUUGAAGACAUUAUGAUGCAAUCGCUGCCUGGCUUCAUCUCGUCUGUCAAGAUCUCAGAUUAUGGCCAAGGCUCGAACCCAUUCAGGAUCAUCUCCAUGCGCGCCUUGCCGGAUCAGCCUGGCGACAAAGACUACCCUAAGGAAGAAUGGAUCGAUCAAGGCGAUGAAAAGGUCAGAGAUCAACUCGCAAAGGAUGCCAAAGAGGGCAAAAUCGACGCUGAUCAGACUGGCGAUUAUGUCAAUUACGAGGUCUCCUGGUCUUAUCAAGCUAUGCCUGGUCAAGGGUCCGAGCUUCGUACCAAGAAUAUCCACCUUCAGAUUGAAUUUUACAUCGGUGUCUAUGAUUGGUUCCAUAUCCCAAUCCCAAUUUGGAUCCAGGUUGAAGGCCUGGUUGGAACAGCUCGCUUGCGUUUGCAAUUCAUUCCCGAAGCACCAUAUAUCCGCAAUCUCACGUUCACGCUCAUGGGCACACCAGGCGUCGAUGUCUCUGCUAUCCCAAUGACUCGCGCUUUGCCGAACAUCCUCGAUCUGCCCCUGGUCACAGGUUUCGUCAAGAGCGCAAUCGCCGCUGCAACAUCUGCUUAUGUCGCUCCUCAGUCAAUGACCAUGAAUAUGCAGGAAAUGCUGACAGGUGCUGGCGUACCGACGGACACGCACGCUAUUGGCGUCUUCCUGUUGACCAUACAUCACGCUGAGAAUCUAUCCGCGCAAGACUCGAAUGGCAAGAGUGACCCUUACAUUGUCGCUGCUUAUGCCAAAUUCGGCAAACCACUUUACUCGACGCGCAUCAUUAUGGAAGACCUUAAUCCCGUUUUCGAAGAGACCUUCGCUAUCCUCCUAUCGAAGGACGAGCUUCAAGCCAAGGAAGACUUUUCGCUCAUGCUGUGGGACUCUGAUGCGCGAUCUGCGGACGACCUCAUCGGUCGCAUUCAGAUGCCUGUCGAAGAACUCAUCAAGAACGAGAACAAAUUUGAGAUGAAGACGGAGAAGCUUAGAGGUUUCGAAGAUGCAGAUGACAUGCCCGGCACGCUUACGUUCUCCAUCGGCUACUUCACUAAGACGCCCUACGACAAGCGCUUUAUGGUCAUCGAUGAGAAGAAGCAGAAGGAGAUCAAGGCGGCGGAAGAGAAGAGCGGUAAGAAGGAGCCCGAGAUCCAGCCUGAUAUCUUCAACUGUGGUCCUGACCCUGACCGACCCUCUGGUAUCCUCUCGCUCACUGUUCAUCAGAUCAACAACCUCGAGAGGCAGAACCUCAAAGGAGCCAGUGGAUCAGAUCGCGAAGGCAAAUCUGGUCAAGAUACUGCAGAUGCUUCCCAGCUCGAAGGCAACAUUCCGUCGCCCUAUGUCGAGUUUGUGGUCAAUGACACGAUUGUCUACAAGACUCGCGUCAAGCCUUACACGACUUUCCCAUUCUUCGAAGCCGGCACCGAAAUCUUCAUCAAGGAUUGGCAGAACACGAUCGUGCGCCUCGUCACGCGCGACAGCCGUCUACGCGAGCAUGAUCCAAUUCUGGGUAUCGUCACGCUUGACUUGCGCGAAGUCUUCCAAGGCAAAUCUACAGUCAAUGGUCUCUUUUCGCUUCAAGAAGGCGUUGGAUUUGGCAAGCUCAACUGUAGUGCUCUCUUCCGUUCGAUCGAAGCUAGGCUUCCGACCGAGCUUAUCGGUUGGGACACUGGUACUGUCGAGAUUCUGUCCGAUGUCACUUUCGAGGUCAAUGACGAGUUUGCAUCCGAUUUCGCUGGCAAGUCACUCAGCCUCACUACCUCCGAAAGUUCCUUCAAGGUCUCUUCGCGCCACGCACAUGCCAAUGGCCGAGCUGUUGUGUGGGAACUCGAGAAGGCUCGUCUCCCCGUUUACAACAGGUAUUCGUCCGCAGUCUCGCUCGAAGUGGGCGGUGGUGGAAUUCUUCCAGGUGGCGCUGCCGCCCUUGCCGCUCUUUGGCUUCAGGAUCUAGUCGAUGAUGAUGAAAAGGACGUCAGAAUACCUGUGGUAAUGGGCAACAAUCUCAAGAAGCUGCGACAGCAUUACAUGAACAAUCAGCUCAAGAAGACCCAUGAAUACGAAAUCAUCGGAUACGCUAAGUUCCGAGUCAAAUUUGACUCUGGCUUGGAUGAAGAUCACGAGAAGUAUGCCACGAAUCCAGUUGCUCGUCACGAGCUCGAAACCUACAUGCACAUCGAAGGACAUGCUCAGGUCGCCGAACAGAAUUCUCAUGCAAUGGACGAUGGCGUGAUCGACAAAGACGAAGCGAAAGCGAUCAAGAAGGCCAAGGCCGAUCAGCUUCACAGUCGCCAGCGCGGCAGCCAUCAGUUCCAAGCUGUCCGAACAGGUCUUUGGGCGAAGGACGGCAUCAAGAAGCGCACGAAGAACUUCAAGAACAAGAUCACUGGUCAUCAGGAGCGCCAACAAAUCGUCAAGUCUGAAGCUUGA